GCGGGGCCGGGGAGGAGCCGGGCCGCCCGCUCAUAGUUCGCCGCGCCGCUGCUCGCUCACAGCCUGCGCGCCUCGCUCCGCUCCGACGUGGCAAAAAUGUCCAGCCCUACAGAGACUGAGCGGUGCAUCGAGUCUCUGAUUGCUGUUUUCCAGAGAUACGCUGGAAAGGAUGGGAACAGCAGCAAACUCAACAAGGCCGAGUUCCUAACCUUCAUGAAUAGAGAACUGGCUGCCUUCACAAAGAACCAGAAGGACCCCGGUGUCCUUGACCGCAUGAUGAAGAAACUGGACAUCAACUCUGAUGGGCAGCUGGAUUUCCAAGAAUUUCUUAAUCUUAUUGGGGGCCUGGCCAUAGCUUGCCAUGAGUCGUUUCUCAAGUCUGCUCACUUGCAGAAGUAAAUGUAAGGAGCCCUUGGGCCUGGCCUCCAGACCCACUCCCUUUCCUUCUAGCCCCCCGGCCAUCAUCUGUUCCUCACAGCCCACACGCACCCUGAGCCCAGCACACCUACCACCCCACGCCAGCCACUCCUGCUGUUAUUAAUAAAACAAUAUCGUUUUUUAAAACACA